AUGGCGGCGACGUCUUCCUCCCCCAGCCGUCUAUUUCCCCCCGUCGUAAAUGCAUACUCGAACUGGGGACGAAUAAAGACCUUCGACCAUUGCGGUGCCAGUCGGGGCGAGUGCUUGUAUGUCGUCGAGUCGCACACCUACUUCAGCGGUAGAAAGCCGCUGUGUGCCAGACAAGGCCUCCUCCUGCACAGCGGAACGAGCAGAAAGGACGCCGUCCUCGCCGCAGCGGGCAACGAAACGCCGGGCCGCUCCCUCAACCCGGACACCAUUGUCCUGUUACCGUGCCCCGACCCCAGCGCGGAGGCAUCCACAAUGGCCAUUGAGAAAAUGCGCCUCGCUACCACGGCCGGCUCGUUGCGUUUCACUAUCGAAGAGGGCGAGGAGAUGCAGCGCGAGGAAUUCGAGUGGCGGAAGGUCCGCAAGGGCGAAGACAACGCGGUUGCGUCCGGUGGAUUCAGACUCGUGCGGCUCACGUCCCGCUGCCCGACGGCCCAAGCGCGCAGUGGCAGCAUGGUGGGUAGCAGCACGCAGCUUUCUGCGUUGUCACCCGCGGCAGGUGGCUACGAGACGGUCGCCCUCCUUGCAUGGACGAUGAAAUGGACAGGCUCCACCCAGGCCUAG